AUGAAUGUCGCAAGAGGCUCAGUGCUGAUCAAUGAAGACAUGCCGCAUCAAGAGGUUCAGAACAGAGAUAUCUUUGAGUCUACUGACUACAAAGCGUUUUUUGAUAACUCAGUCAAAGAGGAAUUCGAGGAGUUCGUGUACUUGAUAUCAAGGGGAAAGUAUGAAGAAGUGUUACAAGAGGCAGAGAACAUUGAAUUGAAGAUGGAUUAGGAGUUGAGGCCAACUGGGGAUAACAUUGUUCAUGUAUGUGCUGAAUAUGGCUAGGUUAGAUUAUUACAGCAUUUUAUCCAGAAGGGUGGCAACUAUCUGUCAAGAAACUAUGCAGAGGAAUAACCGAUGCAUGUGGCAGCAAGAGAAGGCAAGGUGGAUGUGAUUAAGUAUUUCCUGGAGUUUCAUAGAGAUAAAAUAGAGGUUGACUGCAAGAUGAUGGACAACUGGACUCCAUUUUUCUAUGCAGCUGUGAACGGAUACUUGCUCACAGUGGAUGUGUUAGCUAAAGAAGGAAAAUGCAAUGUUAAUCACUUGGAUAAGUUCAAUAGAACUGCAUUACACUGGGCGGCUAGAUAUAAUAAUGUUGCUAUGGUAAGAAAGCUAUUGGAUCUAGGAGUAACCUAUGAUUUGAAAGAUGUAGAAGGUCUAACUGCUUUUGAUCUGGCUAAAUAGAACAGCAGCUAUGAAGUGGCUCAGAUGAUCAGCCAGCAUAUGUAAAAAUACUCCAAGGAUAAAGAUAAGAAGGUCACUAGAGAUAAUUAUAAGGAAAAAGAAAAAGAUUGA